AUGGAGACCCAGAAUGUGGGAAAUGAUGGGGAUGGAGAACAGACGACAGGACAGGAGAGGGAAGGAGCCUUUAAGGAGCCGGGUUGGUCGGAAGUCAGGAGGAGGAGAAGGCGGAGCAACUUGGAGGAGGAGGAUGGGGUGGGGACCACCCCCAACAAGAGGGAAACCCCCAGACCAAACAAGGGAAGGGGUAGCGCGGAGAAGACUACCCCGAGGAGGAAUUUUAAGCCGCAGGCACUAGCGGUCCGUUUCGGGAAGGAGAUAUCUUUUGCGGAUGUCCUCAAAAGGGUUAAGGGUGCAGUGGGUAAGAUCCCGGAGGGAGUCCGAAAUGUGAAGCAGACCAGGGCAGGUAACCUGCUCAUAGAGUUUGAUCAAGGAGCGGACCUGGAGGGACUCAGAAAGAAUUUGGAAGGGAAUUUGGGCCCGGAAGUCGAGGUCACUAGGCUCCAGAAAAUGAUGGACAUAGAGAUAAGAGGUAUAGAUCCAUCGGUUGAGAAGGAAGAGGUGUAUGAGGCGAUAAAAAGCGAGCUGGGACAUGAAGCCAGGGGGGUCAGGGUGAAGGUCUUCCGCACCGAUCCCAGGCUAAGCAGAGUGGCCGUGAUUGAGGGCCCUGCUGCCGAGAUGAGUCGACUCCUGAACGGAAGGAGAAUUUUGAUUGGCUGGACUGUUGUCACGGCACGCGAGAUUCCACGGCUGCUGCGCUGUUAUAAGUGCCACGCUAUUGGCCAUGUUGCGAGUGCCUGCAAUGUAACGGGCGAUAGAGAUGGCUUCUGCAGAAAGUGCGGAGACAGAGGGCACCAGAUGAGGGACUGCAAAAAUGAGACAAGGUGUAGGCUUUGUGUGGCAGAUGGUCUCCCACCGGACCAAGCGGGACACGUAGCGGCCUCGGUCCGGUGCCCAAGGUAUAAAGAGGCGCUUAGGCAAAGCAGGCGAGGGUAA